GCGCGCGCAUACUGUCGCUCCCCGAUUUGCUGCGCUUCAGUUUAGGCGCACCUUGAUGACGUUUUUCCAGGAUCGGUAUAUACGGAGUCCACGCUACGACAAGCAUCGUAAAUAUGACAGAAAAAAGAAAAUCGUAUGUCUUCUGCUGACUGUUGCAAUUCCAGAAUGCGGCAGAUUGACGAACCCAAUUUGGCAUUUGCCUUUCUGCGGCCAACAUGUGUGAAGUUGACCCAAGAGCAAACUGUACAGAAUGUGCAGCAGCUCAAUUCACAGCUCAAGGAAGUCAGCGACACUGCGUUGCAGCAGCUUCAGGAAUAUGUUCUCUUUCCUUUUCGCUUUGUGCUCAAGACGCCUAGUCUCAAGAAGGAAUGCCUCAUCCAGGUGGUAGUGGAGGGUAUCGGAUACAUCUUAGGCAACACCUGUGUGCUGCGCCGGGACCUGUUACGAGAGCUCUUCUCAGACUUGUGCCUCUGCCUCAGCUCCCCUCUGGAUCCUGGGAAGCCAGCACUCAUUUCGGAGGAGCUAAAGGCAGCAGUGCUGUGUGGUUUAGAUGCACUUCUGCAUGCAGCAAGUGGAGACAUUAUUUUUGAGCUUUAUAAGCCAGCAAUGUUGCCGGGCUUGGGUGCUGCUGUAUCCUUGCUUUUGGCUUUGGGUGAGCAGGAGAAAUCCCGGAAGAUCCAGGCAGCUGCCUUGAAGGUUUUGCUCGUUAUGCUGUUUAAGUGUGACUGCCCAGAGAUACAUUUCACAACAGACCAGGAGAAUAGCCGCAUUCUUGGAAGUACUUUUGCUUGUUUCCUACCAGGAAUUGCUCGUUCUGUGACUCGGGUGAUCUCCGGCGAUGUCAGACAGGGGCAUGCUGUCACCAUUAGAGCUAUAAGGGUCUGGUACCAGACUGUAGGACUGGUCAUGGCUGAUGAGCAGCUGUCCAACAGCAAGGCCAUAGAGCAACCAGAAAUGGAUCUGGGGAAGGUUGGGGAGUUGCUGGUGAAGAGGACAGUGACCUGGAAAAAGGACACUUCAGAGAAGUUAGCUAUUCUUUUAAAGAAGAUUAUUUCCUGCACCUCAGCUCACCAGCACUGGAAAGUGAGGCUAGAAAUGGUCAUCCUUUCUGAACACCUCCUGUCUACCUGUAAAGAAUCCCUUGGGGAUUGUGUUAGCCCCCUUUUGGAAGCCCUAGUUGGAAUGGUGAAUGACGAGUCCCUUGCUGUCCGUGAUAAGUGCUGUGCUGUUUUGGAAAAUAUGGCACUGAACAGACAGGAAGAGGCCAACCAGACUUUUACUAAUGUCCUUUCAGAGAACCUGCACUCCCUUGCCACAUCCCUACCACGCCUCAUGAGGACUUCUGAUGACCAGCACAAGCUGUUCAUUCUCAAUGUUUUUCAUGGCUAUCUCAAGAUCCUUGGACAGCAAGUGUCUGUGGUGCUGAACUCUGCUACCCACUUACAGCGCAUAAGUAAAGCCUUGGUGCAAGUGUUGGAGCUUGAUGUUACCGAUGUGCGGAUUGUAGAAGAGAGAAGCUCCUCCUCUCUCGUGGACACUGAGGCUGGACCUCAUAAGACGCACACCCAGAGGAAGCACUUCCUGUACUUUACGGAUGCAAAAAUUUUUUCAUCACUGCAGCAAAUCUGCAGAUUACUGGGCUACUAUGGUAAUCUCUAUCUGUUGGUGGAUCACUUCAUGGAUCUUUACAGAGAAUCCUUAGCAUACAGAAAGCAGUGUGCUAUGAUCCUUAAUGAAAUUAUCUCUGGUGCAGCUGGGGUUGGUGUUGCGGUGACCCUGGAACAUGACCCUGUAAGUCGCGAUGAUCUGAAAUCAGCAGUAAUGUCCAUCAUUGAAGAGUACAUUAGCUUGAACAACUGGCAUCUGACAACCAACAGUGAGGGGGUGGACCAAGAUGAAGAUAGACAUUUUGAACAGUCAAGAGUUCUCCAUAUAGCAAACAAUGCCCAAAGCACCAAUAUUCAUUUCCUCCCAGUAACUAAACACUCCACCAUUUCCCAGCUGAACAGCAACAUCUGGCAGAUUUGCAUACAGUUGGAAGGAAUAGGAUCCUUUGCAUUGGCCCUGAGAAGAGAUUUUCAGUUGUUCCUGAUGACAGUAUUGUACCCCAUACUGGAGAAAGUUGGUGAUAAGACAAUGCUUAUCAGUCAGUCAGCCCUCUGUUCCAUGUGGGACGUUUGCCAUGCUUGUGGCUACAGCUCCUUGAAGGAGCUCAUCAAUUUUAACUCGGAUUACCUGCUGAAUGAUAUAUCCUUGAAUCUGCAGAGACUGAGCCUGCAUCCCCAUGCUCCUCAAGUACUUGCAGUAAUGUUCUGCUACUCUGACUCCAGUCUCCUGCCCCUGGUGGAUGAUGUUGUCCAAGAUGUGCUUGCAUGCUUGGAUCAGAGCUAUGAUGAGAGGGCACCAGUGUUCUGUGCAGUGUUACAUUCCCUAAUGAAGGCUUUAGUGCGAUGGUUCCCUGCAACGAUAAAGGAAAAGGAUCCCUCAAGUCUAACUGGGGCCAAGUCACAGGACAAUCUUGAUAUGAGGCAGUUUCUCUUGGACUACUACAGGUUGAAGAAGCAAGCUGAGGGCUGCCUGGAAGAAGAUGAAAAACUGGACACAGAAGUGCCCUCUUUUGCUCCAGAGUGUGACAUGGAUGAAGAAGAUACCAACAUAAAGCCUGAACUCCCUGUUAAUAUUUCCAUGGCUAAAGCAGUGAUGGAGCGGUGCAUCCACCUACUUUCUCACCCCAGCCUGCUUCUUAGACUGAAGGUCCUGGACGUGCUGGAGUUGUGUGUGUGUGUGCUGACUGCUAAUGAGAAUGUGCUGCUGCCACUGGCCCACCGAUGCUGGCCCGCUCUACUGAACCGGCUCACCAAUGACGACCCACUGGCUGUGCUGCGUGCCUUCAGGGUGCUGUGUACUCUGGGAGAGACCUGCGGAGAUUUCCUCAGGAGGAGAGUCUCCAAAGAGGUGCUGCCAAGGCUCACGGCCAUGCUGUUGAAACAGGCGCCAGUGAGCGCCAGAGCUGGGCCCGUCUACAGCCACACAUUGGCCUUCAAGCUGCAGCUGGCAGUGCUGCAGGGCCUGGGCUCUCUCAGUCUCAGGCUGGACCUUGCCGAUGGUGAUCUUGACUUGGUGUCGGAGGCCUGCCUGCCAUACCUCAGCUGCAGACAGCCACUCCAGCUUCAGGAGGCAUGCCUGAGUGUUUUCCAUCACCUUGUCCAAGUGGAUCCUGACCGGGUCUGGUUCUUGCUGAAUGAGGUCUAUUGCCCCCACUCGUACCAGCCCCCGCAUGUGGACCUGCCUGCGGUGUGGCUGAGCGGAAUGAGCCAGGAGAAAAAUGAGCACACACACAACGUGCUAAAGCUCCUGGAAGCGAUCGGCGACUGGAAGGCAGCCGGGAGCUGAGCCAGCAGCGGUGAAAGCAGUAGACAGAGGGAUGCCUUUUUGGCCCAGUCACAUCAAGUGUCCCAUGUGGACUGUCCCUCUGUUCUGCCUCAAACCUUUUACCUGUUAUUGUAUAGCGAAUACAUGGAAUUAAAGUACUGUUUCAGUUAAGAAUGCUGGAGGAUGGGGCGUCCCAGCAGAGCUGUAAUUAGAGUUUUAUGAAUGUUUGCAUGCAUAAAUGCCUACAGUGACUGGUGACACGACUCCACUGUGCAGCCACCGAGGGAGAUUCUGUCUGGCCUCAAAACAGCAAUUAACAACAUUUCAGGUAGAGCGGCUGCUCAGAGUUGCACCUAGAAGGGAGCUUAAAACAGCUCUGAAGGGCUGCUAAGUUGGGGUGAGAACUGCGGAAUAGUUUUGUAAUGUGUGACUCCAGGCAACCCACAUGCCUCUUGGGAGAGGGGAGGUCCGAUGGAGAAACGUACGGCAUUCGUGUAUUUGCUGUCCUGUAUGUUAACUUCUGUGAAUUAGUGUGGCCUAUCUUCCUGUAAAAGUUUAGUUCUGGUACCUUUCAUAGUGCAAAAAACAUACACUUAAUCAGUACAUGGUGGGCCUCGAGUUUAUUUCAUUUUUUUAUUUCAAAGCAUUGGGGAAAAUGUAGAGAUCAUUUUAUACAGUAUACCAUCAAUCAAAGGGCACCCACUCACACAUUCUGGUACAUUUGCAGUCUGGAUCAUUCCUUUUUAAUUCAACAAAUGGCCUUGCAUUGCCAUUUGUGAUUUUGAUUAAAUGUGGCGUGUGAAUUCCACAUACCUUCCAGAGCUCUUAUUUUUUUUAAAGAAAAAUAAACUUAAGGUUUUUUUUGUGGUAA